AUGGCCCCAUGUUGGCGCAUACCAUUUUGGCUGCUGCUGCUCGUGAAUGUGAAGGGGGUGCUGGCUUAUCCAUGCGAGGCCGAGAUUGCAUCAGCAUGUCCCGAUAGUCCGAAAUCAGAUCUGGUAGCAUGUCUCAAGGACACCAGCCAGCAUGAGUCGCCAACAGAAAUUUCCUCUGACUGCACUGAUUUCAUGGCGCUCAACUCAGCCUGUGCAGACGAGAUAGAGCAAUUGUGCGAUGAGGAGUUCUUCACGGAAGAAACCAUGCCCUGCUUGAUGAGAUACCGUUCGUCAGACGAGGAAAUCUCCGAAAAGUGUCAGUCGGUCAUGCGCUGGGCGCUUCCUGCAGAUGAGGAAGCGGAGGAGACUGUGACCGACGAGCUGGGUAUGUCAGAGAAGGAUCGGCAGGAAAAGGAGGAAUGGCGUGAGAAGCGGAAGAAGGAACGUGAAGCAGCGAUAGAAAGGAUGAAGAUGAAGGAGAUUGAUGCAAAGAAGGAAGCAGAGCGGAGAGAGCUGGAGAAGUUCAAGGAGGAGAAUCCUGAGGCGUUCGAAGACAUGAAGAAGCAGCAGGAAGAGGAGAAGAGGCAGCAGGCCGAGCAAAAGAAGAGGGAAAGACUGAUGAAGGCUGCAUGGGAGCGCAAGAAGCGCAUCGAGGCUGGGGACGAUCCCGAUGCACAAUCAGGUCCAUCACCUCCGAGCAGAAGUCCUAACAAAACGUCGAAGGCCGGCGGCUCCUGGUACAGCACCGUUGCCGCCCUGAUUAUUCUAGUUGCCAUCGGCGCCGUCGGCUACGCGGUGGUUACAGGCACGGGCAAAGCCGCUGGAUCCGGGGGUGGCCGCAGUGGAAAGGGAAAGAAGAAGAGGUGA